CGUGUCACUGUCGAGUCUUCGAUUACUUUGAUCUCUUUACCAAAAUUUAGGUACUAUAAUGUACUGUAGUCAUCUAUAGUAUAUUUAAAUUAACUAUUAACCAUUGAAUUAUAUUUUAAACCUAUUUUAUUUGCAUAGUGUUGUUGAAAUUUAUCGCUUCAUCGCGUUGUUUAGAUUGUUACUGCUAAGAAAUAAAUCUGAAAAUCAUGAACGACAAUGAACUUGAACUCAAGAAUACUACACAAAAGUCUAAUCAACUGUUACAAAAUAUACAGACUAGUGCUGUAGGGCCAGGCAGAGUUGCUCCACCAAUUACCAUAACUUCUCCACCUCCUCUAAUAACAAAUCCUAAUAAUCCUCCCAACUUAGGUGUGCCGAGAAUCCAGAGAAGAAUUAUGCCAACACAAUAUGCUAAUAUAAAUACGUACGGUGGAGCAUACAAUAACUAUCCAUAUAGAGGUAUGGCAAGUAUGAACAUGGGUGGAUUCAAUCCUUAUGGUGUAUAUGGGCAACCAACAAAUGGUCAAUACCAAGAUCCAACUGUUAUUGCAGCAGCUGAAAGUUCUCGUCCAGCUUUUGAAUCAAUACAGGCUGUUGUUCAAUCGUUUAACUCAGUCAGUAUGAUGUUAGAAUCUACAUUUACUGCGAUGCAUAUGUCUUUUCAAGCAUUGUUAGGUGUAGCUGAGAAUUUUACUCGUCUAAAAAUGUUUAUGAUGAAAUUAUAUUCAACUAUUGUAUCAUUCAAAUUAGCCCGUUGGUUUUUAACAAAACUUUUUUAUCUUUUAAGAAUGGUAAGAGGAGGUAAAGAAACAAGUACCGAAGAAGAUUUGUGGACAGCCUUAUCAUCAACAGAUCAUAAAGAAAGAAUUCCCUCCGAUGGACGAUCUUGGCCAUUAGUAGUUUUUUCUGGACUUUUAGUUGCUACACCAUAUUUUGUAUACAAAUUACUCAAUUCAGUAACACCUUUACCUAACUCAACUUCAACUAACUCUAGUGUCGUUAACACUCUACCUUCAAACAUGACUGUUGGUGUUGCACAAUAUGAUUGGAGUAGUAUGGAUCCAAAAACUAUUCCUUUGGUAAAAGGAAAGUCUUAUUUGACAUCUCAAGAACAUUUAGCAUCAGCCAGACAAACUGGAUGGCUCCUAGUUGAUAACUUUGAUAGGAAACAAGGAUAUGUACCUUUGAAUGCUUUUCAGACACGCCAACCUGAUAAUCGACCUGUAGUGUCUAAGGUACAAACUAUACCCAAUCCAAGUUCUGAUGUUGCACCAUCAAAUUCAGUUUCUGGAUUAGUAAAACCUAAAUUAUCAUCUCCAAUCACUGAUGCUUAUGGUAACCCAAUAACUUUACCACAUCCAUUGGUGGAUUGUGAUAAAUCCAACAUUGGUAAGCAGUGAUACUAAAAAAAAUAUUAUUAUUUUAUUAUUAUUAGUUAUAUCUUUGUUAUAUGGUCUGACAAUGUCAUUCAUGUAUUCUAAAAAAAAGUUAUAAAAACUUAAUACAAUAAUAGGAAUUUGCUAUAAUGUUAAAGUAGACAUAUAAUUUAUAUGGGUAAUGUUUUUUUUCUUAUUUUAAGAUUUUACUGUUAUCAUGUCUGAAACAUAUAAAACUCAACAAUGGUAUAAAUGUAUUACCAUAAUGUUUAGUAGAUCCACAUUUUACUUGUAACUAUUUUUUUAUUUAACAUUUAGACAUUCAUUCCAUGUUUAUUUUUAUGGGA